UUAUUAUCAAGACAGCGGUGAGUUGCAUCAGUGUAACCAUAAAUAUCAUAUUUCUGCUAGUUCAAGUUAGAAAAACAUUUUUUAAAACUUAUAUAUAAUCGUUAAACUUUAUUAAUAUUGUCGGAUAUUGCAAAACAAACACGAUAAGUAAAUUUAUAGUAAUUAGACAUUGCAGUUUAUUUACUUUUGGUUUUGAGCAAUGGAUACUAAUUUAAAUCACAAAAAUUUAAUCCAAGGUUCAACUAGUAAGCAAUUCAAAUCCAAUCAAAAAAAAGAAAAUGUAUAUAGGAAUGAGGAAAAGUUGGAAAACAAUUUUGGGUAUAAAAAUUCUAAAACUACAGAUGGAAUAAUUCAUUUCGAGGCAUUAGAUAAAAAGAACGCUGAUGCUCAAAAUUUAGUCCCUCGGGAACCAAGUUCUGAAUCUAAAUCUCUUAAGGAAAUUGAUAAUACAAAUAAUAAUGAUAAAUUACGGCCAUCAAAUAAGCAAUCCAAUCAAACAAAAAAAUGGACAUUAACUGACUUUGAAAUUGGUAAACCUUUGGGAAAAGGUAAAUUUGGAAACGUAUAUUUAGCUAGAGAGAAACGAACAAAAUUUAUAAUUGCCAUGAAGGUGCUCUUUAUAAAUCAAAUAGAAGAAGGAAAAAUAGAACAUCAAGUACGUAGAGAAAUUGAAAUCCAAACUCAUUUACGACAUCCCAACAUUUUACGUAUGUACGGUUACUUUUAUGAUGACAGAAGAGUAUAUUUUAUUUUAGAGUUUGCACCAAAUGGUGAAUUGUAUAAAGCUCUAAAAGCAGCACCCAAUGGACGAUUCGAUGAUAAAAGAACCGCGCCUUACAUACGUCAAUUAGCAGACGCUAUGAAAUACUGUCACAGUAAAAAAGUAAUUCACCGUGACAUCAAACCUGAAAAUUUGCUAUUAGGAAGAGACGGGGAACUAAAAAUAGCUGAUUUUGGAUGGUCUGUACACGCACCUUCUUCUCGAAGAGAAACUCUAUGUGGUACACUUGAUUACUUACCACCAGAAAUGGUUCUUGGUAAAUCACAUGACCAUACUGUUGAUUUGUGGGGAGCUGGAGUAUUAUGCUAUGAGCUGUUGACUGGCAAUCCACCUUUUAUGGCUAAAACUUACGAGGGAACUCGUUCUAAAAUAGUAAAUGCACAAUGCACAUUCCCAAAUUACGUCAGUGAAGGUGCUCGUGAUUUGAUUUCAAAGUUAAUUGUUGUCAAACCUGAACAGCGAUUGCCCUGGGACGGUGUGCUUGCUCAUCCUUGGAUUUUACAACAUUAAUUUUUAAUGUCGGUGUCUAUAAUUCUUAGCAAAUAAUUUUUCAUAAGUUAAAAUAAUAAAAUCAUGAAUUGUUUUUUGAAUAUUCAGAUAGUGAAAAUCACACAAUAUAAUCAUUUUAGUUCAUGUUUUAUAAAUCAAUAAUUCUUAAAUAAAACUUUCUUAAUUUUUUGAUUAA